AUGGGCUACGCCUGCUUCCUUUUCCUGAUGAUACCCCCUGGCAGAUACCGGUCCAGCCAACACACCACGAGGCAGGCAAGUAAAUCCUACAAGUGCCUGAGCAAAUGUAGGGCUAUGUGUGGAGACAAGGAAAACAUUAUAUACAAAUGUAGGACAGUAGUAACACUACUGAACUUGUGCGCUAGUUGCGAUGGUUCAAUAAUAUACGAGAAAAAUAAGCGUCGUCGAAUCCGCAGCCAGGCCAACCUGCUGGUGUUCAACCUGGCGCUGAGCGACCUGCUCAUGGUCCUCGAGAUCCCGCUGCUCGUCUACAACAGCCUCAAGCUCAGGCCGGCCCUGGGAGUCUGGGGCUGUCAGCUGUACGGCCUGAUGGGCGGUCUCUCCGGCACGUCGGCCAUCUUCAGCAUCGCCGCGCUCUCGCUGGAGCGCUACCUGGCCCUGGGGCGGCCACGUGACCCCUUCGCCCGCCUCACGCGGUCCCGGGCCUUCGCGCUGUCCCUGUCCUCCUGGAUCUACGCGUUGUGCUUCAGCGCCUGGCCGCUGCUGGGAGUGACCAGCCCCUACGUGCCGGAGGGUUUCCUGACCAGCUGCAGCUUCCACUUCCUGUCCGAUGCGACGUCGGACCGCUGCUUUGUCUGGAUCUUCUUCGUGGCCGCCUGGUGCGUGCCGCUAGUCUUCGUGACGACCUGCUACAGCGGCAUCCUCGUCACCGUGAUCCGUAGCCGCAAGGCGCUCGCACAGGAGAGCCGUCGCAGUGAACUUCGUGUGGCCAAGGUGUCUCUGGCCCUGGUGCUUCUGUGGACAGUCGCCUGGACGCCUUACGCCAUCGUGGCGCUGCUGGGCAUCACGGGCCGUCGGAACCUCUUGACGCCUUGGGGUUCCAUGGCACCGGCCAUGUUCUGCAAGUCGGCCGCCGUGCUGGACCCGUUUGUGUACGGCCUGAGUCACCCGAGCUUUCGGCGAGAGCUGGCCAUUAUGCUGCCGUGCCUCAGGCCGAGGCAGAGGCCGGUCUCCUUGACGCUAAGAGCCGUGGUCCAACUCCCCAAACGUCCGGGGCCGCGGUCCGCGGGAAGUUCCACGUCGGUACCUGUCACGGCUCCGGGAACAACGAAAGACAACCACUGUCCAACACCGCCGAAUGUGUCUAGAUAA